CUUCACUGUCAGAAGAUUUCAAUGGCGUCCGCCUUCUCGUCGUCAACCUCUGCCGCCUCUCUCAGGAUGAAUCCAAUGUGUCUAGAAACUCAAUUCGACUACCUGAAAUUGCAAAAAAUGUUCAUGUUUUCCAGUUCCCAAAUGAUUGUUCGGUUUCCGAAAUGUAAUCUUAAGCUUUACAUGGUUCCGUGUAAUCAAAUAUAUGGGCGUAGUUGUAUGAGAAGUUCUGCCGUGGGUAGUUCAUCAGAGAUCAGAGGCAAACACGAUGAAGGCCGUGCGACUUCAAGUGUUUUCGGUCCAAACAAUUUCCGAAGCUCGAACAAUGAUCUUGAAGAACAGCUUGAGGAACUAUUUAACGAGGUUAAGACUAUGAUUAAAUUGGGAAAGGAUGACGAUGCUGUGGAUUUACUUCAAGCAAAUUACGAAGCUGUUAAAGAACAGGUGGAUUCAGGGGCUCAAGGCAUAGAAGAAGCUGCUGUUCUUGAUGUAAUAGCCUUGGGCUACAUGGCCCUUGGAGACUUGAAAACUGUUGGGUUCUUAAUGGAUGUGUUGAACAAGAUUGUGAACGAGCUGAAAGACGAGGAGCUGCUACUUGAUUCAAUACUCAUGCAUAUGGGAAGUAUGUAUUCCAAGUUGGAAAAUGUUGAGUUGUCCAUUUGUUUCUACAGAAGGUCCGUGCAAAUUAUGGAAAAAAAAUAUGGAACUAGGAGCUCACUCCUUUGCACACCAUUGAUGGGAAUGGCGAAAGUUCAGGGCACUUGUAGAAAAUCCCGUGAGGCAAUAAAAACAUACCAGCGAGUUGUUGAAAUAUUAGAAUCUAGCAGGGGAGGGGAGACCGAGGAUAUGAUAGCGCCGUUAUGUUCAUUGGGCAAUCUUCUGAUAAAGGAGGGACGGAAUUCGGAUGCCGAAUACACAUUCAAUAGGGUCCUAAAUAUUUAUACGAGGUCAUAUGGGGAAAGAGACGGAAGAGUCGGAAUGGCUAUGUAUUCUCUGGCCCAGGUGAAAUGUGCUAAAGGUCAAGUCAAUGAAGCCAUUGAUCUAUACAAGAGUGCUAUCCAGAUCCUAAAAGAUUCGAAACACAUGGAAUUGGAUGACGGAAUCUUGGAGAAGAUGAGAAUAGACUUGGCGGAAUUACUUCACGUCGUUGGAAGAGGAGAAGAAGGCCGAGCCCUGCUGGAAGAAUGCUUCUUAAUAUCCGAGAAGCUCAAAGGAAAAGAAAACCCCAGCUCAGUUCCCCACCUUGUAAAUCUUGCAACCUCGUAUUCACGCUCCAAGAAUUUUGCUGAAGCUGAGCGCUUGCUGAGAAUAAGUUUGCAAAUAAUGAUGAAAACUGUUCCCCCCGAUGACCCAUCUAUCACAUUUCCCAUGUUAAAUUUAGCAGUUACUCUCUACAAUCUACACCGGGAUGAAGAAGCAGAAAGACUUGCUCUCGAUGCUUUAUCCAUCCGAGAAAAAGCAUUUGGAAAGGAAUCUUUACCAGUUGGAGAGGCUCUUGAUUGUUUGGUGUCGAUUCAGACGCGUCUAGAGAAGGAUGACACUGAGUUGUUGGAGCUGUUAAAGAGGGUUUUGAAAAUUCAGGAAAAAACAUUCGGCCAUGAUAGCGAAGAGGUUAUGGAAACACUGAAGAAAACAGUGCACUACCUCGACAAAAUGGGGAUGAAAAAUGAAAAAUAUCCUCUGCAGAAGAAAUUGUCCAUACUUAGAAACAAACACAAACAGAUGGCCAAGUAUUAGCAGCUGUCUUUGCUAAGUUGCACAAUCUAUUCAGGCUUGGAGUUCAACUUUUCUGCUAGUCUUUUCGGACUAGUCAUUAGUUUGGUUGGGCAAUUUUCGGGCGGCCCGUAACAAGAUGGUGCUUGAGCCAUGCUGGUAAACAAACAUAGAAACUUUUUGACCUCGUGUAUUUGAAUGUACAGAAACUAUAUUUGUCGACUGUUUGAACUAAACGAAUUUUCCCAAUGAAUCAUACAUCUUAUGUUUGUCCAUGAUGUGCAAUUCACGUGUAUACAUGCGAUGCAUUCACGCUGUCUGAAACUCGAUGGAAAAUUCGUGAUCUUAGUCCUUCAGAGUUUCGAUAUGUGGUCAUUUGCCGAUGAAUAAAUGGGAUGCAUCUUUAUUUAUGUUA